CGGAUGUAAACACGGAAAGCAGGCGACGUUCGUUCGAUUUAGUAUGAUAUUAAAUAAUAGCCUAUAGCUCACUUGCUGAUAGCUGUAGAUAUUAUUUACCAAAUUUAAAUGACAACAUGAUAAAUACGCAUCAGUUUAUCCUUUCAUUGGCUGAAACACUGAUUCAUGUGAUCAGAUUGGUGAAGAAGGCACUGGACAGAAGGUUCGUGGAAGGCGCCAUUGAAGGUCACUGAAGGUCAUGGCCAGCGGCAGAGCAGACAUGCAGCUCAGGCGAGCGGAGAAGCCCUGGAAGCCGCAGCGUCGCCGUGGUGACCCAGAGGAAGGGGGGAACGACCCCCAGGAGAGUCAGACCCAGGAGCUGCUGCUGCGCGUACGGAUCGUGCUCAAUAAACUCACCCCACAGAGGUUCCAGCCACUCAUGCAGCGGCUGGCAGAGAUGCCAAUCAACUCCGAGCACCGCCUCAAGGGCGUGGUUGAGAUGGUGUUCCAGAGGGCCGUGUCAGAGCCACAGAUUAGUGUGGUCUAUGCCAACGUGUGUCACUGCCUUAAAAGGCUGAAAGUGCCCAUGGCACAUGAUCACAGCAUGACUACGAACUUCCGGAAACUUUUGCUAAACCGCUGCCAGACAGAGUUUCAGAGGAACCUGGAUGUUGACAUCUUGGAGAGGAAGCAAAUUGAGUUUCAAAUCUAUGCCUGCAUCGGGGGGGAGAAGCAACCGCGCCUGAAGGAGGUACUGGAAGAAAUUCAGGGAAAAGUUCGACAACGGUCGCUGGGCGUUGUUAAGUUCAUGGGUGAGCUGUUUAAGCUGAAGAUGCUGACUGAGGGCAUCAUCGAUGUUUGCAUCGUCAGUCUGCUGCAAAGGCAGAGGGAAGAGAGCCUGGAGUGUCUCUGUGUGCUGCUCUCUUCAACAGGCAAGGACCUGGACAACGAGAAGAUUCAACUGGACCAGCAUUUCAACCAAAUAGAGAAGAUCAUGAAGGAUAGGAAAACCCCCAACAGGAUCCGUUUCAUGCUGCAAGACGUGGUUGACCUGAGACGGACACACUGGAUUCCCAGACACAGUGAUCCCGGUCCACAAACCAUCGAUGCUAUCCGUGAGCAGGCGACGGCGGAGAAGGUGUGUGUGCGUGAGCAGGCGACGGUGGAGAAGUUGUGUGUGCGUGAGCAGGCGACGGCGGAGAAGAUGCAGAAGCCGUCCAAAAAGAAGAAGAAGGCACCCAAGGGCCGCGGGGCCAGUGUGUGUGUGCCUGACACUCUUCCCAACAUCCAGAUCCCUAAGCCUGGCACUCUGGACUUAAUUACCCAUCUGUUGGUGUUGGGGGCAGAGGGCAACAGUGGAGGAUCAGGAGCCAAACCCAACAACUCUGUGAAGAAAGGCUCUGUCCUAACUCAGAAGAAGUUCCUGUCUCCACCAGCAGCAGCAGCAGCAGCAGCAGUGGCUGUCGUUUCGCCUCUGGAGGAAGACCUGUCCUGCCCCGUGUGCUGUGACAUCUACACCGACCCCGUGGUCCUUCCCUGCAGCCACAGCUUCUGCAGGCCCUGCCUCGAGAAGAGCUGGAGGCAGUGCGUCCGACAGGAGUGCCUCAUCUGCAGACAGAAGUCCUCCACCAACAACCCCACCCCGAACCGGGCCCUGAGGAACGUCUGUGAGUCCUUCCUGAAGGAGAAGAGCUCUGGGGCUAUGGCGGUGGAGUCCUCGGUUGACACAGCAGAGACCCAUUCAGCCCUGUGCCCCGAGCACGAGGAGAAGCUCCAGUUCUACUGCCAGGAUGAGGAUCAGCUGGGCUGUGUGGAAUGUGUGAUGCAGCGGCACAAGACGCACAAUGUGUACUCGGCCAGGAGAGCCGCGAGUGAGCGCAGGGAUGAGCUGAAAUGUCUAAUAAAAUCCCUGGAGGACGACGUGAAGACAAAUAAAACUUUGCUUGAAGGAGUGAUGACACACGUCAAGGCCCAGGCUGAUCAGGCGGAGACGCAGAUAAAGGAGGAGUUUGAGAAGCUGCACCGGUUCCUGAGGGGAGAAGAGGAGGUGCGGAUAGCCGCCCUGAGGAAGGAGGAGAGGGAUAAAACCGCCGACCUGGAGGAGAAAAUUGAGGCUAUAGAGAGGGUGAUGUCAUCCCUCUCUGAAAGGAUGAGACCCAUCCAGGAGUUGAUGGAGACGGAUGAGGUGUCCUUCAUACAGACAUUUUCAGAAACAAAAGAAAGAGUCCAAGAUGCCUUUCUGCAUCCUCAGCCAGGGUUCUGGCUGCUCCUGGACGUGUCCAAGUAUGUGGACAACCUGAGCUACAGGGUGUGGGACCGAAUGAAGAAGAUGGUUGCAAACAGUCCUGUCAUGGUGGAUUCAAACACUUCCCAGGCGCAGCCAGACAUCUUCCUUCCUGAACACCUGGCCAGCUUUCCGGCUUUUUUUCUAGAACCUUCUGCCAAAUGUGAUUCAGGGGAGGUUGCUCGUAGCCCAGAGAGGAUUGCUCCUGGUUCAGGGGACAGAAGGUUCACUUCAAAAUGGAUGCAUUUGGUGGAUGAUGAUUGGUGAUCGCUGACUGGAAAUGGAUGAUGAUUUGGUGAUCCCUGACUGGAUGUGGAUAAUGAUUGGUGUUCUCUGAUUGAACAGAAAAGACUUGGAGAUUUUAGUUGGAUGCUUUUUUUCAGUUAAAGAACAUGGUUGCUGCAUUGCACAACUCUAAGAUGGUGUACUACUAACUACAUUGUAAAAAUCCAUUGGAAGGCACAAACAAAUUGAAUCUGUAAUGCUGUAAUUGCUAUGUUACUAAUGGUCCAUAAAAUGUUCUUUGAAUCACA